AUGAGCCUGAAGAAGCUCCAGCCCCGACUUACCGCCGGCGGCACGCCCCGCCGCCACAGGAAGUGUGCGUCACGUCCGGCCCCGCCCCCGACGGUGGCCGACGGAGGCCGACUGCGGCGCCGGCGCUCAGGGCGAUGCUGCUGCCCCCCGGCGCUGAGCGCCCGCCUGGCCGGGGCGCCGGGAGCUUCCGAACCGCUGCCCGUGGAGAGGGACCCGGCAGCCGGGAAGGCGCCCUUCCGCUUCGCGGCGCGCCCGGUGCGCUUCCCGCGGGACCACGAGUUCUUCGAGGAAGGCGACGUGCAGCGACACCUCUACCUGCAGGACGUACUCACACAGGUGGCAGCGCCGCCAGAGAAGUCCAGGGUGCCCGAGUUCACCUGCCAGGCGGCGGGCUGCGGCCGCGUGUUCGCGGCCCUGGAGGACUACCAGCACCACUACCAGAUGCUGCACCGCAACGUCUGCUCCCGCUGCCGCCGCGCCCUCCCCUCGGCGCACCUGCUGGAGGCGCACCUGCUGGAGUGGCACGACCCGCUCUUCCAGAUCCUGGCGGAGAGGCAGGCCAUGUACCAGUGCUUGGUCGAAGGCUGCCCGGAGAAGUUCAAGACCAGCCAAGACCGGAAGGACCACAUGGUGAGGCUCCACCUGUACCCUGCGGACUUCCGAUUUGACAAGCCCAGGAAAAGCAGCGGCCCAGGCCUGUCAGCCGGAGGCCCCCACCCUGGGGAUCCUAUGGAAGUCUGUUCAGAUGACGCCAUGGAACUCAGCUCCGAACCCUCUGCACUGGGCCCCUGUAGAAGAACCUACAGUCAGAGAGUGCCCUCUACCAUCUGUUUUGGCCAGGGUGCAUCUCGAGGGUUCAAAAGCUCCAAGAAAAAAAAUGAACACCCCUAAAUCCAUAAGAGGAGAGGACCAGUGUCUGAGCAGACAGCGGGGAGACAGGGCCUUGUGCAGGAAUCUGCAUCCACAGGGAUCUUCCUCUGGCUUCCAGUAUGGCUCCCUGGUGCCCUUUGCCACCCUUGUCUGUGAAGCAGCAUCUGGGACUCUAAGCAGCAAGGAGGGACCUGCUGGCUCCAGAAAAGACUGGGACGCACUGUAAGGAAUGGGUUGGGGGAUGGCCCACCUCGCUUGAGAGGCCCUCCUUCGGGGAGAGUUAUAAAGUCCUGGUGUCCAGUAGAGGAGUACAGCUGGCCCAGUGUAGUUGCUUUGACUGAGUCCUGGCCCACCGGCACCAGGAGAGACGCCUUCACGUUCCUCACAAGCUUACCAGCCAGCACGUCCUGCCGGCCACAGAGCCAGAAGUGUGUGGAAGGCAGCCCGCUGAGAGGAGGACAGCGGCAGAAGCCCACAGAAGCCUCCCCUGUGGUGGUGUGGGGUCAAUGCAGAGCCGCAAGUCUGGAAGCUGGGCUAGGUGGAGAGAAAGAUAGCAUGGCUAGGAGAAAGCAGCUCAGCCUGGGUAAAGGCAGGGCCUCGGGGUCCGCGGGAGACCUUACCUCAUAACUUACUCUUUCUGGUCUUUGAGUCUGGCCGUGGGCAGCUGGGGUUCACCCUUCGCUUCUAGUACAGAGGCAAAGCCGCACUCAGAGCCUUCAGAUAGGGCUGGGAAGGGGGCUCAGUGGUAGAGUGCUUGCCUUGCA